GCCGAGGAGAGUCAGUCGUCCGGCGUCCUGCGCCGUGGGUUAUCUCGCGAGCGCACCGGUCCGCUCGACAACCGACUGCCGAAGUCGUCGUCGUCAUCGUCGCCGCCGCGGGCUUAACAGAUACGCGUGUGCACACACGCCGCCACCGCCGCCGCCGCAGACGCAAACUCUCCGCGGACGAGUCAUCGUCGUGGAACGGACCGUACGCACGGUGCACCGUAUCUUAGUGCUUUUCGUCGAACCGCGGUAUACUCAGACCUCGAAAUAAUCAUCAUCAUCAUCGUCAGCCGGUCGCAGCCAGUGGCCCUAACCCGCCGCCGUCGAUUCCCGCGAGUAUACCCAGUAUAUUUUUCAAAUUGAUUUUGUUGUGGCACAACUGAAAGCAAAAAAAUCAUUUGACGUCUAACGAACAAUACAGAUCAGGAGGUGCAUUAUUCGUCACUGAAUUGAUGAUUGUUUAGAUUUGACUUGGUAACCUAAGUUUUGAAGAUGACGACGCCUGUUUUUGUUUCGUCGAGGGUAAGGGAAAACGCAUCGAAUAAUAACGGGCAAUUCAAUCGUGCGUCUCAACGGAUAUACAUCACACCGGCGGCAGCGGCAGCGGCACCCGAUACUGCCAGUACCAAAGGGAAGACUAAUCAUGCGACAACACAGGCUAACAUAAACUCGGGUGAUUCAAUGGAUCCUCCAGACGAUAAUAAAAAGCUAGGGCCAAAAAAUCGGAGCCAGCAAUUUUAUUCCAAACAAGAUAUUGUGGAACAGUACUGCCUAAGCGAUAAGCAAUUACAAGUAUUAAACAGGGUCAGACAGCCUCCAGCAUUGUUUGGAUGCAUAUCCAGUCACAGAGAGUCUUCUUGUGGUGCUAGAAGCUCACCGAAUCUGUUGACAGCCUGCGUUCGGCGUCGAAUACCCAGUGAUGAGAACCUCCAGGAUCUGUACAAGCGACUGCCCGCAGACUGCGCUCCAUAUUCGCGGUGGUCGAGAUAUCAUCACUGCCAUCCUAACGCAUUUCCUGUGCAUCACUGCCACCAAUCGGACAUUUCUGAAGCUCCGCCACCACCUUCAUGUCAACGAUCGCCGGCUGUCAGGCGCCAUAAAUGUUGGCCUCCCGAAGAUGAAGGUUGUCCACACAGGACGUGUCAUCCGACGUGCCACGGACGGUCCAGCGGAUUCGAUUGUCCCGAAUUCCAUCUAUGUACACCUCAUUAUUUACCUCCUCCUCCCCCUCCGCCAGCACCGCCACAGUCGACUUCCAGAAUGAGACAUGUCAGUUUUGCCAGAUCACACACUGUGACCUCAUUCGAUAAUGUUUCUUUAAAAUCAGCCAACAGUAGUAAAUCAUUAGAAAGGUUAAUUGAUGGAAGAAAAACUCCGGAACCUGUUUGCUCGGUUGAAUCUCCAAAAAUCAUUGUAUUAGAAAAGAUAAAAAGAGCACAAAAGGUUCAAGCUACACAAACAGACGGAGCACGAGAUACAAGUCCAGCAACACCACAUAAAGUUAAAUCAGUAACGAAAAAAAAUGCACAACAAAAUGAGAUACCAAAAUCAAUUAUUAGACCAUCGGAACCACCUUUCAGUAAUGAGAUAUUAAUUGACUUUGAGCCUAAAGAUCCUCCAUAUCGGAAGCAAAACAAAACGAUCUUACAUAAAACCGUGUCAGAUGGUGAAAUUCUAAUUGGUGAGAUAGCAAGAUGUAGAAGUCGAGAGGAUGUAGAGGCAUCAGUGUCUGACGGUGAACAAUGCUACAAAAACUUAGUAGCUGCUUCUUGUACUGUUGAAGGUUCUUUGGAAGAUUUUCAUGAAAAUGAAAGCAUUCUUUGUGAAGGAAUUUAUAAGUCUAAAAGUAGUGUUUGUUUAUCCGAGUCACCAAAUAUAUGUAGAGCAAAAACGCCAUCAUCUUCGAAUGAACAAGAACCGAGUGAUCUAUCUCAAGCUACUGUAUUACAGUUUGAAAGUUUAUCCAAGAAAAUAAAGUUAAAAGAAGAUAACGUAUGUGAUGUAGUACAAAAGAAAAUAAUAAGGUAUACCGAUCUUCCAUUGAAGUCUUCAGACCUAAUUCAACAAGGAAAUAGUCAAAACACUUUAGAAAAUAAUUGUCCAACGGUAAUAGAGCCGUCUGAAGUUUCAACUUCUACUGAAGAUUAUGUGACAGCUACAGACAGUACUUCUUACACUACUACCCCAACACAAGGUCCAUCAGUUACAAGUAGUUCAUUCGAUAGUGAAUCUUCAAAAUACAGUUUGCCUCAUCCUAUUUUUGAUCAUGACACUACGCAUGAUCCAAGUGAUCCAAUUGAUGAAGAACUAGGAGAUGGUGAAGACUCGAGUGAUGAUGAAAGCAGUACGUCAGGAAGUUACAGCGUGAAGUGCAGUAUAGAGGAUAAUAAGAGUUCUGGGUCAUCAGACGAGAAUACAAGACCAAAAUCCAUCUUAAAAUUGGCUAAAUCUAUACCAAAAAGCAAAUUAAAGACUUUAGAAGAACCAAAUAAGUUGAAUAAUCCGGAUUUAAUAUCAAGUAACCGCAUAACAGCCAAAUGCCAUACAGAUGAUACUAAUUCACAUUUAAUUAAGAAAUUGAUGGGCAAUGGUUUUGCGAAUAAAAUAUCAUUACCUGUCUAUUCUUCUGAUGAGUCUUCAAAAGCUCCAGAACGGCGCAGGAGGCCAAGUCCUAGACGAAAAAGUAUAGGAGCUGUAACACUAAUUAACUCUAAUGAUAAAAAACCAUCGGUAGUAAAUAAACCAGAAAAACGGAGAGAAUCACUUCCUGAAAUUCUUAGAAACCCGCAAAUAACUCUAGAUACUACGGAAAAAUCAAAAACUGAAUUUCAUCUAGAAGACAAACCUAAAUGUUCAUCACAAGCAAAGUCGUCUCAGAUUAAUUAUUUAUCUCAAAUGAAUAAUUUGAACUUGAAGACAGUGAGCGCGGAAUCCCUGCGUUCUAUCAGCCCAGGGAGUGAUUCAGUUUUCUACAGUGAUCCGUGCAGUAGAAUAUCAUUAUCUAGAUGUACACGGUGCAAUACCGAAGUCGAUGUGGAUUAUAUUAAUAACUCAAAUAGCGAUGCCAUUAAUAUUGUUAAGCCACCUGAAGGUUUUGGAGAUUCUCCAGAAGAACCCCCUACAACACCUAUAAAACGAUCGACAAAACGAUAUCGUUCAGAAGAAAGAAGACGAAACACUAGGUCAGAACAAACUCGAGCUAAAUCUGAAGAAAGAGUAAAACAUAUAAACGAAAAAGGGAGACCAAUGGCUAGAUCGACUAAUGUAAGUAUGGAAAGAUUAAAUGGAAGUAGUUCUAGCCUUCAUUCAGAUGAUGAUGAUUGGUCAGGUGUCUACACAACGCCGUUUACAUCUUUUUCAUGGGUAUACAUAGACGAAAUAGAAGAGUUCUAUGUAUGGAAAAAGCCUUCGGAUUUGCCAGAAAUUAAAUGUUCACCUGAGUUGAAACGAAGAGAUUCUAUAGAAUCCACGUGUUCAGAACACGAGUUCCGGUUAAAAUAUCAAACAAUCACGCACAGAAUGAUACACAGAAAAUCGAGCUUAGAAAUGUUCAAAAGAAUCGCUUCAAAAUCUUUUGAUAGCGACGAACGUUUAAUGGUAAAACGUGAAUCUGGAGAGUUCGGUUUUCGUAUUCAUGGUGCUAAACCAGUCGUAGUUUCUGCAAUCGAAACGGGAACAGCUGCAGAAAACUCCGGUCUUCAAGUGGGAGACAUAAUCAUCAGCAUCAAUGACAUGUGUGUCCUCGAUGCGUCACACUCGGAAUUCGUUAAUGUUGCACAUAGUGGUUCUGACGUAUUGGAAUUGGAAGUCGCCAGAACCUGUGAUAUCCUAACGCCCGUGAUCAAUCCAUCCGAAAUAGAAAACCGCAUUGUUAUAGCCAGUAAACUAUGGAAAUUUAGCAUCGGGACGAAAAAAAUGAAAAACUGUUGGCAGCCCAGAUAUUUUUGUCUCAAGACCGAUAAUUGUCUCUAUUACUAUAAAUCUGCGUCUUUGAAGAGAGACAGACAUCCUCUCGGAGCACUUAAUCUUAAAGGUUUCACUGUCGUGCAGACAUCGGACACGGGAAGAAUGUACAGCUUUCGACUGGAAAAAAAGGACCACAAGAAAACAAGGUUACACAUAGCAGCGAACAGUGCAGAAAACGCGGAUCGUUGGAUCGGAGCGCUCAACGAAGCUACCAAAUGUGCAUCGAUGGAAUGGCUCAACGAGGAUAACUUAAAAUCUGUGGUCACCAUCGAUCCGCAAUCGGACUGCCAGGGUUUCCUCUCCACGUUGGUUCACCACUGUGGAAAAUCGUGGAAAAAAUAUUACUGCGUUCUCAAAGGUGCUAGGCUGUAUUUUUUCGUAGACAGUGUAACCCGAUUUGCCAACGGAAUGGCUUGUCUCCACGGUUACAAAGUGCAAAGUUCCGUUAACGCUAGCGUAAGGAAAUUUGCGUUCGAGCUUAUACCGCCUGACUUGUCAUUUCGAUAUUUUUAUUUUUAUACGGACACUGAAGUAGACAAAAGAAGAUGGAUAGCUGCUCUAGAGUAUAGCAUAGAUCGUUGGAUAAACGUUUCAUGAUAAUGUAUUGGCUUCAACAAGUAUUCGUCAGAUCAAUUCUAAUGAUGGCAGAAACAUGAAGCUAGCUUGUGAUAUCAUUCUUAAAUUUAUAUUUGGACCAUUACAACAACAUAAACAGCGUAAAAAUAUUUACUUUUAAAUAUUUCAAUAUUCAAAUCUAUAUAUUCAUAAUUUUUAGUUUAUGAUUAAUAAAUAUAUUAUUUUAUCUAUAUAUUAAAAUUGUAUUUACAUAGAUAGACCAACUGUUACCUAGUAAAAUAAGUUUUAAUUAUCACGUUCUACAUUAUAUUCUUAUAUUCUAUAUACACAACAAUUUUUAUAAUUUAUCGUUUGUUAUGAAUAUAUUUUCUUCAAAACUAAAAAGAUUUAGAUAAUAUAUGUAUUAGUUAUACAUUUUCACUUUGAUUAAUUUACUUUAUAUUAUUAGUAGAUUUUACUAUUUGUAUAUAGGCUAGAGAACAAUAUACUGUUGAAUGUUGACAUUCAUAUUGUUCGUUUAAGUUUGCUUAGAACAUAAUAACUAUUUCCUACUUAUUAUGAGUAUGUUGUUAAUUUUUCACGAGUAUUAUUUAGUAUUUACUCUCGAAUGGUUUUUUAAAAUAAAUAAAUAAGUACCUACCUGAGAUAAAUUUAAAAAGAAUAUCGAAAUGUGCAACCGUACCAGGGGACAACAAAUCUUACAAAACGAGAUAAUAUGUUUUUUUUUCAAUUAGGGUCUCAUUGGUUUGUUCCUAAUUUGAAAUAACUUGUCAAUUUUCAAGUGUAAGCACUUAGCGUUUAACUGUCAUGUACUUAUGUAUUACGAAUUGAUCACUGUCUAAACAUUUAAACUUAGAACUCAACGAGUAGGUACAUGUAGAUAGGUAAUAUUUCGGAUAGCUUGUAUUAUUCUAUACAUUGUCCACAGGGUGAUCCGAAAAUCAGUCUUUACGAUAGACUUGUUCAAAUCUUAUUGAUCUAAUUUUUAGUAGCUAAACUUACUACUAUCUACAGUACUAUCCAGACCCGGCUCAAGGGGUAGACGACAUAGGCCCAAGCCCUAAGGUGGCAUUUAACAUAUGUGUAUUAAAGAUAAAAAAAAAUUUAAUAUAGUAUUUACAUGUAAAGGGUGCAAAACUUAAGUUUGCCUGGUCUGUUUAAACACUUGAACCGGGUCUGAUACUAUAUUACUUGAGCAAAUCUGACUCUUCAAUAAUUCAAUAUUGUAUCCAUAAAAAUGUUAAUUACGUUCAUAGAUUUGAAUAUAUUUUGGUCAUUUAAAUACAACCGAUUUCUCCAACUAAAUAUAUAUUUAAAUAUUCUCCACUUCAAACUUGUGUGUAUGUAACUAUAUUUUGACUAAUUUGUACAAGACAUUAUUUUUAGUUAUCUACCUAGUAUUUUUAAUUACAAAAAUUGACUGAACGGUAAAUCAAUGUUUCAUACAUAAAGUUAUAUUAUAAUUAUUAUUAUUUAUUUAUUAUUAUUAUAUUAUUGUAAUCAUUAUAUAAUGUUAUAUUUAUCUUUAUUAUUGUAAUAUAAUUUAUUUAUUAACUACUAGUGUAAAAAUAAUUUAAUAGAUACAAAUGUUUCACUACCUUUUAAUUGUAUUCAUAUUUGUCGCAAACAUUUUUAAUAAAAUUGCUCAAUAAAAAAAAUGUAUAUACCCAUUGCACAGUAAUUUGUAAAGAAACCUAUCAACACUAGGUUUAAUUUUUACAAAAUGUAAGUAAAUAGGAAGUGGUAAAUAAAGUAAACUGUUUGUUAAAAUUAAAUAAGGAUUUAAAAUUGUGACAACAUGAUGAGAAAUGUACAGGUAAGUGAAGAUAUUAUGAGACAUGAGAUUGCCGACUAGUAAGUAGAAAUACAACAAUAUUGUUGUAGAGUGGUCUUUGGAUAAAGAAAAUGGUAUAGCUUUAGUGAUAGAGCAAGUCAUCAAUAAACUGUUAAACUAUUGAUGAUGAUGAAGUGAAUAUAAAUAAUACAUCUAAAUUCUUUCAAUCAGUAUCUAUCAAAGUAAUAUGUACCUAUCAGAAAUUCAUAAAUCAAAUUAUCAUGUUAAAUUGGUUUAGUCUAAAAAUAUUAGUAAUUUUAAGUUUACAUUAUAAAAUUAAGUGUAUAUCAAUGAAAAAUAUUUAGAUUACAGUAUAUAAAUAAUUUGAAGAACACAAAAUUAUUAGUGUAAACAGAGCAUAAUAUGCAAAGUGUAAAUCAAAAUUACUAUCAUAAAACGUGUUUUAUAAAAUAUUUUAUAAUUUAUCAGUUAGAAUGUACUGAUAUUACAUAAUAUAUACCUAACCUAACUUGGUGUUUAUUUCUAUGUUAAACUCAUUAUGGCACUUUUUAAUGAUUAAAGUUUAUUUAUUAUUAUUAUAUGUUUAUAUUGUAUUGUAAGCAUAGCGCGACUGAACCGU